UAUCAUUUAGAUUUAUUAAUGAAAACUACGGAAGGGUUUGUUUUUUGAGCCAUCCCAAUGCAAAUGUUCAUGGUGUCAUUUCAUUCUUGCAUUAAUACAAAUGUCCCAAUUCCCAUCCAUGUGUCAAAAAUCACUGACGGCUGGAAAACAACAGAAAUUUAUUCUCUCCUGGAAAUGAAUCAGAAGGCAGACCAUCAUUCGGUAGCCAGCAUAUGAUUCAGCAGAGCUUUGUCUAAAAAGUAUAAAGUUCAAAAACAACCCCCAAAAGGCUCUGGAAGUAGUGGACUGUUUUCACCCUUCCUGGAAUUACUACUGACAGCAUCUAUGAACUUCUGCCUGUGUGCGUAACUGAAGAAUACACCGGGAUGACAAAGUAGUGACUUUUAAAGAGCAGCCAGCAACAAGCACUUAGGGACCCUUUCAGCAAAUACAGAAUCCAUCUGAGAACAUGCUGCCACAAACAGCCCUUUUGCUGCUACUGUCCUUGAACCUGGUUCAUGGAGGAUUUUAUGCUGAGCGAUACCAAACACCUACAGGCAUAAAAGGCCCACUACCCAACACUAAGACACAGUUCUUCAUUCCCUAUGCCAUAAAGAGUAAAGGUGUAUCAGUAAGAGGAGAGCAAGGUAUCCCUGGUCCCCCAGGCCCUGUGGGACCUCGAGGGCACCCAGGUCCAUCUGGACCACCAGGAAAACCAGGCUAUGGAAGUCCUGGACCCCAAGGAGAGCCAGGAUUACCAGGACCACCAGGACCAUCCACCACUGGAAAGCCAGGUUUGCCAGGACUCCCAGGAAAACCCGGGGAGAAAGGACUAUAUGGACCCAAAGGAGAUAUUGGACCACCAGGUUUACCAGGACCACGGGGCCCACCAGGGCCACCUGGAAUCCCCGGCCCAGCUGGAAUUACUGUUCCAGGAAAACCCGGACAACAAGGACCUCCAGGAGCCCCAGGACCCAGAGGCUUUCCUGGAGAAAAGGGCACACCAGGAGUCCCUGGUGUGCAUGGACAGAAAGGGGAAACAGGAUAUGGUACUCCUGGACGCCCAGGUGAGAGGGGCCUUCCAGGCCCUCAGGGUCCCAUGGGACCACCUGGCUCUCCUGGAGUAGGAAAAAGAGGUGAAAACGGGCUUCCAGGGCAGCCAGGCAUCAAAGGUGAUCGGGGCUUUCCAGGAGAGAGAGGACCAGCUGGCCCGCCAGGCCCCCAAGGUCCUCCUGGGGAACGAGGACCAGAAGGCAUUGGAAAGCCAGGAGCCCCUGGAGCCCCAGGCCAGCCAGGGAUUCCUGGGACAAAAGGUCACCCUGGGGCCCCAGGAAUAGCUGGGGUCCCCGGGGCUCCUGGCUUUGGGAAACCAGGGUUACCAGGCCUGAAGGGACAAAGAGGACCUAUUGGCCUUCCAGGGAGUCCAGGUGCCAAAGGGGAACAAGGCCCAGCAGGCCAUCCUGGGGAACCAGGUCUGACUGGACCCCCCGGAAACAUGGGACCCCAAGGACCAAAAGGCAUCCCAGGCAACCAAGGAAUUCCAGGCCCUAAAGGUGAGACAGGACCGGCUGGGCCUGCAGGACACCCUGGGGCUAAGGGAGAAAGGGGUUCCUCUGGGUUAGAUGGAAAACCAGGGUACCCGGGAGAACCAGGCACCAGUGGUCUUAAGGGAAAUCCAGGGCUCCCAGGCCCAAAAGGUGACCCUGGAGUUAAAGGACCUCCUGGUCUCCCAGGUCCUGUGGGCCCAGCAGGAGCUAAGGGAGUACCUGGACACAAUGGUGAGGCUGGUCCAAGGGGUGCCCCUGGAAUACCAGGUACCAGAGGCCCCAUUGGGCCACCAGGCAUUCCAGGAUUCCCUGGAUCUAAAGGGGAUCCAGGAACUCCAGGUCCUCCUGGCCCAGCUGGCAUUACAACUAAGGGGCUUAAUGGUCCCACUGGGCCACCAGGGCCUCCAGGUCCGAGAGGCCACACUGGAGAGCCUGGCCUCCCCGGUCCCCCAGGCCCUCCAGGCCCCCCAGGCCAGGCAGCCCCAUCCGAUGGCUUUAUAAAGGCAGGCCAAAGGCCUCUUGUUAGUGCCAACCAGGGAGUAACGGGGAUGCCUGUGUCUGCGUUCACUGUUAUUCUCUCCAAAGCUUACCCAGCUAUAGGUAUUCCCAUCCCAUUUGAUAAGAUUCUGUAUAACAGGCAACAGCAUUAUGACUCAAGAACUGGAAUCUUUACCUGUAGGAUCCCAGGAACAUACUAUUUCUCCUACCACGUGCAUGUGAAAGGGAACCAUGUUUGGGUGGGCCUGUAUAAGAACGGCACCCCUGUCAUGUACACCUAUGAUGAAUACACCAAAGGCUACCUGGAUCAGGCUUCCGGGAGUGCCAUACUCGAUCUCACAGAAAAUGACCAGGUGUGGCUCCAGCUGCCCAAUGCUGGGUCAAAUGGGCUGUACUCCUCUGAGUAUGUCCACUCCUCCUUCUCAGGGUUCUUGGUGGCACCAAUGUGAGCAUAUUCCCAACCGAGCUAACGUAAAUCUGCUUGAAAAGGCAUUCUCCAACUCCACUGCGCCCCACAAAAUGCAUAUGGAGGUAGGCAAAAAAAAAAAAAAAAUGUGACUAAUUUUAAUUUUCCAAAAUACAGAUUUGAGCUUUCAGACCAAUAAACUGUCCCCCUGACAAAGCGAGCAGCAAUGGUAAAUUAUAUGCGAAGACUCUCUUGAAUUUCUAGUCAGCAGCCUUAAGACUCUUUAAAGUUUUCUGUGAACUCCUUCAGUAUUUAAAAAUUUCACCAUGAAAGUCCUACUAGGCUAAAAAAAUAAAAUGAUCGCAAUGAAACCCUGAAAUGGGACACUAAAUUACGUUAAAUUUGAUUUCAGAAAUUCAGCAUUUGUUUUUAAAAAGAAGCCUGUUUCUAACAAUUAACAGGAGAACUUCUAGGAAACAAUCAGGAGGUAUCAUAUCUUUAUAGAACUCAAAUACUUGAAUAUUCAAAUUUCAAAGACACUGUAUACCCUGAGAUCUUUCUGAUGGUGCAUUACUCGAAGGCUUAUAUGGCCCCUUCAUCAAGAUCUAUUCAAACAUACAGGUGCAUAUAGACUUCUUACAGCUCUAAUAAAACCAAAAGAUUAUGUUAAAAUUAAUCUGAAAUGCAAGGUGCUUUAGCCAUGAACCUUUGCAAACUUUUCUGUGACUGCAGGAAAGCUUCCUAUAUACCCUUCGUAACUUGGAAAUGGGUGUCUAACCUAUUUUAUUUACUUAAUACAAGUGUGAUUAAUUUGAUUUCUUUAAUUCCAUCUUGAAUCUUACAUAAUAUGAUAUUGUGGGUUUACAGACCAUUACCAUAUGUACCCUGAGCCUCCUAUUCUAGUGAAAGUAUAACUAACGUCAAGCGUUUCACAAUCUGACUAGAAAUGAAAAGACAUUAUUUAUUUAUGCUCUGUACUGUAUUUUUAUAUUGCUGUUUAAAACUUUUAAGCUGUGCCUCACUUGUUAAAGCAUGAAAUGUUUUACCUACUCCUUAUUUACAAUGCAAUAAAAUAACAUCAAC